AUGCCGAAAUGCGGGGUGGAACUAUGAGGAUCUGCAAAAAUAUACUCAUAUUCCUCCGCUAGAUACAGGAGCAGACCCCAUAUUACUGCUGUUAUGCUUAACUUGCUGGGCGUUUGUUUUGCUGGCCCGUUUCUUAAGUUCACCGGUUUGCAAGUCGAGCGAAGUGGUCCGCCUCUUCAUGGCUUUCCCCCGGACAUUGUACUCCGUUCUCCGUGUCCCAUACAAUCGCGGGAAAAAGCCGCAGAGAGGGUUGUUGAUAUGCAUGUGCUCCUUGCUGGGAAGCUAUGUUUGUCUUUGCGGGAAAUUAUAUGUAGCCAUUGGAUCGUGGGUGAUGUGAAAUCUAUUUCUUUUCUUUUCCUUUCCUUCAAGCCAUUGGGUCUGUCUUUAUUCUGUCUCCAAACAAAUCAAGAUGAGAGAUUUCUCUCCUCCCCUCCUAACAGGUGUACUUUACAACUCAGGUGCCAAUGCGUUGGAGAAUGGACUGGCUUUGAAGCCACAGUUGAGACUGGUACGCCUUUCAAUUAUGUGCAUUAUCCCCCAUGUAUGCUGAUUAUCCCCAGAACACUUGGAACUCCUCCCCAAUACCUUGCGCACGACAAGAAGAGGUUCCCCAAUGGCAUUGCACACAUCACUGACAAGAUACAUGAGUUGGAAUUGAAAGUUGGAAUUUACUCUAGUGCUCGUGCGCGAUAUGAGGGGUCGUCGGGAUAUGAGCAGAAGGAUGCGGAUGUCUGGGCUAGUUGGGGGUGUUAGUCUCACCCUCCAAAAGGCCAAUCCUACAAUUGUUGAUCUUAUACUAGAUUGACUAGCUAAAUAAGAUAACUGCUACAACGAAGGCCAAGAAGGAAACCCCAAACUAUCCUUUGACCGUUACAACGCCAUGAGCAAGGCUCUCAACUCCACCGGCCGACCCAUUGUCUACUCCAUGUGCAACUGGGGCGUCGACGGUCCCUGG